AUGGAAAUUGGACUGCCAUUAAUAAAGGAUGAAAUUGAUAAGAAUCUUAGGAUACUAGGAGCUUUUAUAUCAUCAGAUCAAACUAGUCAAGCAGAAGAUAAUGACAAUGAUACCAAUGAUGACAUUAUAUCAUUUAAUCCAAAAAAUAAUAAUAGAAACUUAGUAGAUGGAGAGAGUUCAGAAUCAAUUGUUGUAAGUAUUACAGAUGAUCAGGUAGUGAUAUGCUUAGAUCCACCAAACAAAUUGCUAUAUAAAACCUAUUUUUUCGAUCGUGUAUUUGGAAAAGACAUGAAUCAACAAAUGGUAUUUGAUUCCGUAGCUUAUCCAAUGUUGGAAGAUGUGCUGAAAGGGUUUAAUUGUACAUUGUUUGCAUAUGGUCAAACGUCGACUGUAAAAGUAUCUUAUGUUGAGUUAUAUAAUGAAGAAUUGAAGGAUCUGUUAUCUGAUAAUGAUCGAGAUAAAUUGAUAGUUUCCAUGAGGGGUUUGAAGAAUCAUAAAGAGAUUGAUAUAAACAAUGCCAAUUGUAAUGUUCCAACACCUUGUAAAUUUUCAAGUAAUGAUAGUUAUGCAUUGUUAAAGCAUCCACCAAAAGUAAUUUCUGGUGGUGGUAACCAUCCUGCCUUGAUAACUUAUAAUGGUGAAUUAUGGAUGACAGGCUCAGAUAUCGAUGGUCAAUGUGGCAAUAUCAUCAUCAAUGAUGAAACUAAUAGUGAUCAUAGUAACAGGUUUUACAAUUGUCUUCAACAAAUUGGCACAAAGAUUAAUUUGACUUCAGAUGAUAAGUGGGAAGUUCUCAGACUUUACUAUAGUACACUUUCAACUCUUAGUGAAGAAAGCUCAAUCAGCCAAGCAGUGAGAAAAAAGAUGGAAGCUGAGAAAAAAGAUUUUAUGGAGGAAGAUACAAAUGAAAUUGCAGAGGAAAAGGAUGAAACCACAGAUGAAUAUGCCUGCAUUGAGAAUGAAGUGUUUGAUGUGGAAAAUAAUGAAGGUGAUGAGCUGGAUGCCAUAUAUCGAACUCGACGUUGGAUAUUAUCUAGUGGUACAGAUGUGGGUCAAAUUUUGUCUGAAUACAGGCAAAAAAUUCCAGAGUCACAAAAGUCAGAUAAAUUACUUGAGUUUGGAUUUUUGGAACAAACAGAUAAAAUAUUUGCAGCGUGUUCAAGUCCAAAAUUACAAAUGGCACUAUUUAAUGCAACAUUGCCUUCAGGAGUUAAAAAAGAUCCUAUAAGGAAUGUGGCAACAGAAACUUUUAAACAAAAGUUUGUUUAUGUUGGGCAAGAAGGGGGUAAAUUGAUAGCAGUUUAUCAGUUGAUAUGA